CGUGCGCGCGCCGCGCCCCCUCCGCGGCCUCCCCGCGCCCGCCUCCCGCCUUCCCCUCCUCCUGGUGACGUCCGGGUCCCUGCCCGUCUGAAAACUCCGCGCCGCGGCGGUGGAGGCGGCGGCGGCGGCAGAAGAGGAAAGGGAGGUGGAGGUGGUGGAGGAGAGGAGCAGGAGGAGGAGCAGCGGCGAGCCCGGGCGACGGCGGCGGGGCCCGAGCGCGGAGCCCCCGGGAUAGAGCGCGCACCGGGGUGUCCCGGCACCCCGCUCGCCCCGGGCCGCCGCGGAAGAUGGUGGCGGCGCCGUGCGCCCGGAGGCUGGCGCGGCGCUCGCACUCGGCGCUGCUGGCGGCGCUCAUGGUGCUGCUGCUGCAGACGCUGGUGGUGUGGAAUUUCAGCAGCCUGGACUCCGGAGCUGGCGAGCGGCGGCGCGCGGGGGCAGCGGCGGGAGCAGCCGAGCAACAGCAGCAGCCCGCGGCCCCUCGCCGGGAGCGCAGGGACCUUGCUGCCCAUCCGCCCGCAGCCCGUGGAGGACCCGGAGGCCGAGCAGGCGGAGGAGGAGCACGGGGAGGCGGCCCCGGAGGAGCCCGCGCGCAGCAGCCUGGCAGCCGCGGGGCACUGGCCGCCCGGGCGAGGGAUCCACACCCGAGUCCACUGAUCACCCUGGAGACCCAGGAUGGCUACUUCUCUCACCGGCCCAAAGAAAAAGUUCGGACCGACAGCAACAAUGAGAACUCGGUCCCGAAGGACUUUGAGAAUGUGGUGGACAAUAGCAACUUCGCCCCCAGGACCCAGAAGCAGAAGCACCAACCAGAGUUGGCAAAGAAGAUCCCGAGCAGGCAGAAAGAGCGGCUGCAGAGGAAGCUGGAUGCUCAGGACAAAGGACAGGGGCAGUCAGUCCUGGGCAAAGGCCCCAAGGAGUUGUUGCCUCCUCGGGAAAAAGCCACGGGUGACAGUAGCCAAGGGAAGGAUCUCUCGAGACACAGCCAUGCCAGGAAGACUGGUGGUGGUGGGUCCCCCGAAACCAAGUCUGACCAGCCCCCCAAGUGUGACAUCUCUGGCAAGGAGGCCAUCUCAGCCCUGACCCGUGCUAAGUCCAAGCACUGCCGCCAGGAGAUUGCAGAAACCUACUGUCGCCACAAGCUGGGCCUGCUGAUGCCAGAGAAGGUGGCUCGGUUCUGUCCCCUGGAGGGCAAAGCCAACAAGAAUGUCCAGUGGGAUGAGGACACUGUGGAGUACAUGCCCACCAACCCGGUCAGAAUCGCCUUUGUCCUGGUGGUCCAUGGUCGUGCUUCUCGGCAGCUACAGCGCAUGUUCAAGGCCAUCUACCACAAAGACCACUUCUACUACAUUCACGUGGAUAAGCGUUCCAAUUACUUGCACCGGCAAGUGCUCCAGUUCUCCAGUCAGUACGACAAUGUCCGAGUCACCUCCUGGAGAAUGGCCACCAUCUGGGGCGGGGCCAGCCUCCUGUCCACCUACCUGCAGAGCAUGCGGGAUCUCCUGGAGAUGACCGACUGGCCCUGGGACUUCUUCAUCAACCUCAGUGCUGCCGACUACCCCAUCAGGACAAAUGACCAGCUGGUGGCUUUUCUCUCCCGAUACCGAGAUAUGAAUUUCCUGAAGUCUCAUGGCCGGGACAAUGCAAGGUUCAUUCGCAAACAGGGCCUGGACCGUCUUUUCCUGGAGUGUGAUGCACAUAUGUGGCGCUUGGGGGACCGGCGGAUCCCAGAGGGCAUUGCUGUGGACGGUGGCUCUGAUUGGUUCCUGCUUAACCGGAAGUUUGUAGAGUAUGUGGCAUUCUCCACAGAUGACCUGGUGACCAAGAUGAAGCAGUUUUACUCUUACACCCUUCUUCCUGCUGAGUCCUUUUUCCACACGGUCCUGGAGAACAGCCCUCACUGCGACACCAUGGUGGAUAACAACCUGCGCAUCACCAAUUGGAACCGCAAGCUGGGCUGCAAGUGCCAGUACAAGCACAUCGUGGACUGGUGCGGCUGCUCUCCCAACGACUUCAAGCCUCAGGACUUCCAUCGCUUCCAGCAGACAGCCCGGCCCACCUUCUUUGCCCGAAAGUUCGAAGCCAUAGUGAACCAGGAAAUCAUUGGGCAGCUGGACUCCUACCUGUAUGGCAACUAUCCUGCAGGCACCCCGGGCCUCCGCUCCUACUGGGAGAACGUCUAUGAUGAGCCGGACGGUGUCCACAGCCUCAGCGAUGUGGCACUCACCCUCUACCAUUCCUUCAUCCGCCUGGGGCUGCGAAGGGCAGAGUCGUCCCUGCACACGGACGGCGAGAACAGCUGCAGGUACUACCCAAUGGGCCACCCAGCAUCUGUCCAUCUCUACUUCCUUGCCGACCGUUUCCAGGGCUUCCUGAUCAAGCACCACGUGACUAACCUUGCUGUAAGCAAACUGGAGACACUGGAGACGUGGAUGAUGCCGAAGAAAGUUUUCAAGAUCGCAAGUCCCCCCAGUGACUUUGGGAGGCUUCAGUUUUCUGAGGUUGGCACUGAUUGGGAUGCCAAGGAAAGGCUGUUCCGGAACUUCGGCGGUCUCUUGGGGCCCAUGGAUGAGCCCGUGGGGAUGCAGAAAUGGGGGAAGGGGCCCAAUGUGACUGUGACUGUUAUUUGGGUGGACCCUGUCAACGUCAUCGCAGCCACCUACGAUAUCCUGAUCGAGUCCACCGCGGAAUUCACACACUACAAACCCCCUUUGAAUCUGCCUCUGAGGCCUGGGGUCUGGACAGUAAAAAUUCUCCAUCACUGGGUGCCGGUUGCAGAGACCAAAUUCCUUGUCGCACCUCUGACCUUCUCCAACAAGCAGCCCAUCAAACCAGAGGAGGCAUUGAAGCUGCACAAUGGGCCGCCUCGCAGUGCCUACAUGGAGCAGAGUUUCCAGAGCCUGAACCCCGUUCUCAGCCUGCCCAUCAAUCCUGCCCAAGUGGAGCAGGCCCGGAAGAACGCAGCCUCCACUGGGGCAGCGCUAGAAGCCUGGCUGGACUCUCUGGUGGGUGGAACUUGGACUGCCAUGGACAUCUGUGCCACGGGCCCCACCUCCUGCCCAGUCAUGCAGACCUGCAGCCAGACAGCCUGGAGCUCCUUCAGCCCUGACCCCAAAUCAGAGCUGGGUGCGGUCAAGCCCGAUGGCCGGCUUAGGUAGCACUGGCAACAUGGGACCAAUGGGAGCCUCAAUCCCAGCCUCCUACAUUGUAUGGGGGUUGCCUUUUGUCCAAGGAUCUCUGCUGAAGCGAGGAUUUGGAGGCCAGAGAAGAGACAGCCUGUUUGUCAAACUGGCCUCUGGGGUAGGUGACUCAGUCCCAGGGCCACAGUGGUCUCCCUUCUUCAGGUUGCUUCUCAGUCCUGCAGGUUCCUGUUCUCUCCCUCCAGUGGCCUGCACUAUCUCCCUACAAGUGAGUUUUAAGCUUUUAUUUUGAGCAGCAGAGCUUUGUUUACUCAGCACAGUCAGAGGUGGAAGUGCAAGACCAGGAUGCGACUGAGGCUGCUCUGGCUGAAGCUGAGCUGUGUGAGGUUCCUUCUGGAAGCUCAGCCCACCAGGCAGUCCUUUUGCCAAGGGCAUCUCCAAGGUACCUCUUCGGAACCCAAGGGCUUUGUUGAAGCCGGUUUGACAGACAAGCACUGCCCUGACCAAGGGUGGGAUCUCCACCCCGGCCCUCCCAUUUAUCUCUUGAUUUCUGUGGCUGGGAAACCCUGUGCCCAUGCUAAAAGUAGCAAGCUGGUAGAGGCCUCGUUCCUGCCUUCCCAGGGAGGUGGAGAUGUGGGAGAGUUCCAAGAUUCCUGCUGCUGCUCAGUGAGCUAUUUUUUGCUGCAAACCAGAAGUGCAGGAAAGCCCUUUGAUGUGAAGUGGCCAAGGUUCACCAGAUAUGUGACUGCCAUCUGUCCACAUCAACCUCUUCCAAGGCUGUCACAAAUGGUAGCAGGAACAGGGUAAAAUAUAUAGAGCUGGAGUUUCAAUUCUCCUCCCUGCCCCUGGGCUGGGAGGCAGCUACUGUGUCCUCUUUGGUACUUGGAAGGGGGACAGUGGGGAACCAAGUCUCUGAAUCUCAAAAGGAGGGGGGGGGGUUACUUGGACCCAACUUCUAAGCUGGAUGGCAGCACAGAACCACCCCUUCCGUUUUGAGGUCAGGUACCCCAAACCUUUGUGAACUGUGCACUCGGUGCUGUUGGCUGUGACCAAACUGCAUGGAUCAGACUUCUCUCACCCGGGAACAAACAUUUCAGAUUGGUCCUUAAUUUCAUACCCUUCCUUGCCUGGGGUGCCAACAGGCUCAGUCUGGCCACAUCACCUAAAAGGAAGGUUGAGUUUCAGAAUAGGGAAGGUGGUUCAAAACAUAGUGUUAUUCAUAUUGCUUGAGUUACCAGAAAACCCAAGGGUUUUCUUGCCAUGUGUAUUCUGAGAACAUUGAGGAACCGCACCCCCUUCCUCAUUAAGUCCCCUAAAAGACAUUGCUCUGGGAAAGAUUGCACCCAUCCUGUAUCUCUCCCAUCAGGAUAAGAAGGUUCUGAAGUCCACCCUGAUGAUGCAUCUAGUGCACAGCCCCUUCCCCAUCCAACAUGGCGGUCAUAGAGGAAGGACCCUUGAUAUUUAUUAUUUAUAUGUUUUAGUCAAUGACUAAUUAGUAGGUGCUGUUUUUUGCAGCUUGUCAAUUACGUUACCUUACUAACUAAAGUUGCCUUUGUUCACAAAAGGCUCCCCUUUCCCUGUCUUCCCUGGUCUGCCUGCCUUUCCCCUUCAUUUUCACUGUUUCUGUCUCAGUGCCCACCUUAAGUCCUUCUGGUUCUUAGAACAAAGCAGGAGUGUUAGACACCAUGGCACAGUUUCCAACAGUACCAUCACUGUCAGGAAGUUGAUUCGUGUGGAUGGCUGGAACCUCCCGUUUGCUGGUCUCCUCUGUCCCUCUAAAUUCAAAAGUGUUGGAAUGCCCGGGUAUGCCACCUCACCCUGACCCCCGGCCUAGGGACAAGGUUGUGAUGGGCUUAUGGCUUGGGGAGGGAGAAGUCGGCUGAGUGUAAAACUCUAGGUCCACCCAGUUACCCUACAUCAGGCUUCUCAAGACCAGCUUAACCGUGAGCAUAAGCUAUCACUAGUGGAGGAAUACAGAAUCCUUCCAAGAGUGAUUGAUCUUAGUAGGAGGGCGGGUCAGACCAAGCAGAAGAACUCAGGAGGUAGCUACUGUCUGUGCUGGUCCCAGAACCAUCAGGUAGCUUUCUCUAAAACCCAUGGGAUUUACACUGGUUUUACAAGCCCACGGGAACCAUAAGCCUGGUGCCCCAUCCUCUCACCCCCAGUCUUUGCCCCCGUCAAAGCUUACCUGGGACUGUGGAACCCCUGGGAGUCUCCCCACUCCAGUCUCUUCUGCUAGAGAUUUGUGUAUUCUGUCCUGGAACGUCCCGGGGAGCCUCAGACUACGAGACAAGGUCUAUCCUGACCCAGUGACUCUCAAUGACAUUUUCCAUUCUGGAACUAGUUGGAAAUGGCAAAGUUGACUUUGUAUCCCCUGGGCUUCUUCCUCACUCACCACAACUAAUUUGGGGUAUUUGUUUCCUUUGUGUUAGACCCAGAGAAUAAUUUUCGCAGAUACUGCUUUUAGUUUUGUUUUUUAAAAAAAAAAAAUGAAGAAUUUAAAACAAGUUCGGUAUUAUUUAAGAAACAAUGUUUUCCCACGGAAAAUGACUUAACUCCUUAGCUGUUAAUGUUUUCCUGCUGAAAACAGUGUGUUUGUCCGAAGCCACGGGUGAAACACCAGCCUUGGGAGGUGGCUGCCUGAGGGUUUUCAGAGCCCAGAACCAUCAUCUCUGGGAACCUUAAAGUCUGCAUUCUGCAGAAGCAAGAAGCCUUGGUUGCAAGUGCUGACCAAGGCCCUGGACAGUCUAGAUGGCUGAGAAAGAAGUGGGGCAUCCCUCAUGGGGAGAAGUACCUCUCUAUGCUAUUUGGUAACUACCCCUCCUAAAGCCUACUUCCUGGGCUGUGCAGGAAACCAGAGUCUCCCACAAAGAAGGGGACAAUGCCCAAUGCCCCCUUGCUCUUGUGAUACAGCCCAAGGUCCUUUGUAAUGGAGAUCAGGAAACCACAUCUCUCAAUGUUGGUUUAACUAUACAAAUUGAAAUUGAGUUUAGGAGAUAUAAACAUAGCCACACAAAUACAUGCACACACACACACACACACAGGCAUGCACACUCACACUCAGCCAUGCACAUGCGCACACACACUCCAAAGGGGUUUGUUGCUAUUUUGGAUGUAUGCCUUGGUGUUUGAGGGACAUGCCUCCUUCUGGCUGCCUGGUUUUCAGACAGAUAAGAGGAUAUUGACUGAAAGUGUGACCUCUCUGCCAAGACAUUCCAUAACAGAGAAGAGCGAUCAAUAGCUGCAAAGUGUGGAGCGUGAAGAAGACAACAUUUACAGCCAAGUUCAUGAGGGUUCCGAUCAGCAGUUGUGACAGCAUUGAGGAUAGACUGGAAACUAGAGGCAACCCAGUCAGUUUGAGCAUGCAGAGAAGGCCUGGCAGGCCAGAGAAGCUCUACUGUAGGUCAUAAAAGCAUAAUGAGAUCCAGGACACAAGAGAGGUGGGUGAAACCAUGACUGAGAGAAAAAAGGGAGUGGUGGGAAGCGCUGUCUUCCUGACAUGCACAUGAGCCUCCUGUAGGAAGGGCAGCUCUGAGCUCCCAACCUGUCAAAGAAGAAGGUGCAGCUCUGCAGAGGGAAACCAGCCUUGAGUUCCUGCUGGACACUCUUUUGUUUGUUUUAAUAGGAAAUUUAGUUUUUCAU